GCAAAUAACCACCACGAAACUAACUCCAGAUCAUGAUGCUGAGGCCGAAGGACUUGUGUCAGGGAUCUGGCACCAAAACCUUCCUGGAAGCCAUGCAGAGCGGGAAAGUCCACUUGGCUCGGUUCGUCCUGGACGCGUUGGACGGGCGCAUCAUUAACGGGAAAGCCGAAAACGGGCGUACGCUUCUGAUGCACGCCGUGUGCCUUCAAGAGCACGUAACCAGAUCCAAAUUCACCCAAUUGCUUCUGGAAAAAGGCGCGGAUGUGAACGCCCGGGAUGACCACGGACGCACAGCCUUGAGUCUGGCAUGCGAACACGGACACUUGGAUUCGGUGAAGCUCCUGGUGCAAUUCAAUGCUGAUCCAGAGCUCACAGACACGUGGGGAAACAGUGCCCUCAUGUACGCCGCAUGCGGAGGACACAGCCAAAUCUUGGAGUUCCUAGUCCGGGCGUUCAAGAAGCUCGGUUUGCGACUGGACCGCACGAAUCACGCCGGCCACUCGGCCAUCCAAGUUGCUGACUUCUUUGGGCACAUCCAGUGCACUCAAACCCUCAACGGGUGUGGAAAGAAGAUGAUGAGUCCGACGAACAGCACGGGAGAACCCACCGAAGACCUGCGGUGGCCCAAUCGCCUCCCGAAGCAGGUUCUGGAGAGGUUCUCGAAACAGAUCCAAAGCAAGCACGAGGAAAUCCUCCCGGCCUUGUUUCAGAGACAGCUGCGCGUCGGCGACAGCAACGGCCUGCGGAUCCGCUUCAGACAUCCAGAUGCCAACCAAAGCCUCAGCAGAUCUGAAGACGGAGCGGAUCUGCUGUUCGCUUCGAAACAGAUUCAAAACUCGGUGCUGAAAAAGGUCGGAAGCGCAGAACGCGAGACGGACGGCGACGUGCCACUUUGGGGGAAAACGAGGUCGUUUAAUCUUGACCUCAGAACCGGAAGGAAACAAUCCUAUCAGGGCGACGUGCAAGAAACCAACAGAUCUGCGAGCAAAUUCAAAAGAGCGUCGCUGCAAGACGAAAAACCGCUUGUGGCGAAGUUCUACAGCACAAAAACGACUGACAACUUCGAAAUCAGAAAAGAGGUGCAGAAGCGUGGCAGCAUUCCCAAAACGACCAGGCAGAGCAAACUUCUGCUCAGUCGUGAAGAACUCGAACCUGAAAGAAUCAAACCUCACUCUUCUGGGCUCUCCAGACUCCUGCGCAGAUUCACGGCUCCUGAAUUCAUGCGACACAUCAGAGACUGUCCCAGCGACGCCAGACACAGUAGAAGAAAGAUGUCCCGGUCCGAGACCUUCCCGUUCUCACACACGCACAUGAGAGUGAACAGCCAGCCGAGUGUGGACAGCAUCAGCGCGGUGAGAUGCGAGUUUGAGAGCAAUCCUGCUCUUUAAUGAGCUUUUAAAUGCACCAUGUUUAGAGUAAAACACUCAUGUGGGCAUUUAGAAAGAUGUUUAUGACUACCACAGAGACAUUAUAAAUAGCCGUGUACUUUAUGAGUGUAAAAACUCGAGCUCUUUUGAGACUUUUAACUGCUGCUGCUCUCAAUGUCUUUCACUGCCUCUGUAGAUUCAUUAACGUACUUCGGCUAAUUGAAUUACUGCUGACAUUAUUAUGCACUGCUAAAGAGUGUCUGUGCAUUAAGUACUUACAUGCUUUUAUCAUGCACGCAUGUUAUAGCCUAUUUUUAUAAGCAAAGUGAUUUGUGAUUUGC